CGUUGAUGUUUGAAUCUCACUACCCUCUUGUCUUCUUCAGGUAUUAUUAACUAUUUAAAUGGUGGACUGAGAACACCAUGGCCACUGGCUAUCGGGGUGAAAGGCCCGCGUGUGAUCUAUGUUACUCCAGGAAGAUCAAAUGUGAUCGAGGAGACCCGUGUAUGAACUGUGUAGAUGCGCGGGCUUCUUGCCAUCGAAACCGGCGCCGGCGACCAGUACACCCUCGGGUUUCUAAGUCGCUUUCCAUCGCAGACCGUCUAGCUCAACUGGAGAGCUCGGCGAGAGCCAUUUAUCAAUCUAGAAGACAGUCCGGCCUUGAAGCCCUUAUUGCCUCCACCGCCGAGGGAGGUAGUACCACGGCAGACAUCAGACACCUAGCUCCACCAGCGACUCCGUCUAGUGAAUACACCCCUCGAACCGCUUGCAGUUAUGAGAUACUCCACUCAGCCAAUCCAACGAGCCCGGCGACUACGACAGUGGUGUCGGAUAUGUCCAUUCGGCCCACUACCGAGGCUCGAACGUUUCUACAACAGGAACUUGACUGUAACGAAGACAUGGUGCGCAGCCGGCGGACAGUUCUUGAAUCUGCCCUCAGAUUUGUAGAGCAGGCCUCUAAUACACCCUUUCAAACGGAGGAUACCCGUCCUGACAGCGCUGUAUGGCGUGAGGAAGAUGAUCAGAAGAGGCAACCCUUCGCUUCAGAGAUGCUCUAUAUGAUGAUGGCAGAUACGAGGAAGGAGCCCAGCCAGUAUUGGAUGGACCAUAUCCCUCCAAGAAUAUUGGAAAACAUGUGCCUUUCCUUGAUGGAAGGGAAGGUUCCGGAGCCAAAGCGUAGCUAUUAUGAACUCACUGUUUAUCUGAAGUCCAUCUAUUGCCUCCUUAAUGUACCAGGAUCACCCGAUAACAAUCACCUCCAGCAUCAAAUACUACGAUCGAAGGAGCGAUAUGAAUAUGCGGCUUCAAGAGCUUUGGAUAGAAUCAAUGUCUCCAACUACCCGUCAUUAGAAUUACUGCAAGCAUUACUCUCUGGGGCACUCUUAAUGCAACUUCGAGGGGAUAUGUCCCGUAGCUGGGCACUUACUGCCUACGCUGCCCGUAUUAUUGUACUUCUUAAUUACCACAACCUGGGACAGACUCAUCAGUCUAGCACUGUAUCAGAGGAGAUCCAAGCCGCUGUGGCUUGGUGUUAUUAUCUCGAUAAAAGCCUGAGUAUGUUACUUGUUCGGCCUCCCUCCCUUCCAUCGUUGGAUAUCGAUCCGGUCUCGUUGGUUACUGUGGACACCUCAUUCCCUACAUCAAUUGUGGUGAAGACGGUUGUCGAACUGGGAAAGAUGCAAGAAAAGGUCCUCGGGCUUACCGUGUACGCCAACAGCUGGGACCAAUCGUACCAGGCAAAUGCGGUUACAGCGCUUGCGCAAGAUAUGUAUCGCCUACGGGCUACCUAUGAUGAGCGUCGAGCGGCAACCCCUGCCUAUCUUGAGUAUGGAUGGAAUGCCGUGGACUUCGGCUAUUAUACAGUUCUCACCACAAUUCUCCGCUCCAAUCCCUUCGUUUUGAAAGGUCCUUUGACGCGUGCCGAGUGCCUUUCGGCCGCCCGCAAGGCACUGUACUCAUUCAAGCGCCUCUCGGAGAUGUGUCUCAAAGACAAGGGCUCCUCUGUGUUAUGCCCAAUCUUUCUUACCUGGACAAUGUUGCUCCACCCAUUAACCCCCUUCUUCGUUCUCUUUUGUAGCGUCGUGGGCACGUCCAAUCCCGAGGACUUUACCCUCAUAAGCGAUGUAACUCAGAUCCUCUCACGCUUUGUGGAGAACAAUCGGCUCAUAGCCAAGCUUCAUAAGCUUUUUGUGCGGUUUAUCACGCUAUGUAGCCCUCUCAUGGCGUUACAAGCAGAGCAAGCACAGCGAUCGCCUCAAUCAGGACUCCAUACAAAUGAGCAUGAUUCUGUGGAUGACCUUCAGGAACAGGAUGUGGCCGCCCCCAAUUCAACUGAGCCUAAUCAAGAUAGCCUUCUGCCGCUGACGAAUAGCUGUCUCGGUGAAAGUGUGAUCUCCGAUGCUGCAUGGGACGAUAAUCAGGUAUGGGAGCUAUUUUAUAGCCAGCCCUCCCUGCAAUGGGUAGAAUCUGAAAAUGUCUCCUAUAUGUAACAUGCGAAUGAAACGAUAAACGGGGGGAAUGCAGGCAUCAUAUGUACAAUACCACAAA